GGCUAAGAAUAACGUUGGAAACAUCGGUGAAACGUACUCCAAAAUAUUAUGGCGUCAUGUCCGACGCCACUUGUUGGAGAUGUGCGGCCUCCUGACAUAUGUGCUCACAAUCACCCCGCAAUAAUACACGCGAUAAACAAAUAUUCUAGAUGACGUUAAGGACGGCGCGUUACUUCGAGUAAUGAUAAUCGCAUAGAGUGGAAGCUACCAGUUUGUCAUACGUGGCUACGAAGUGUGACGUGAUUUUGUAAAAUUGUCUCGACUCGCUCAAAUAUUUCCGCGAUCCCGUAAGAUUGCGAGGAUCCUCGAUAUUAACGCGCCGCUCGUGUUUCGGAAGCACCUGAUGACGAUUUCGCGAGAUGACGACUCUUCGAUGUGACACCGUCUGCUCCGUUUUAAUUUUGCUCCAUAUUUUAGUGCACACCAAGGCGGCAUUGAGGGAUAUUUUGAGCGCUCAGCAUUUGCCUGACACCAAGUUCAGCGCGAAUGAAUAUUCUGAUGACGACAGAGAGUAUUCUGAUGUCGAGGUUGAUAGAGAUAGAGGGUCCUUAAUGCAGCCGAGUGAGCAACAAAAUACAAAGGACCGUUUGUAUUUAAAAGCCGAUAGCUACAUUGGCAAAAAGGAGCCAGUAACUGCAGCUACCUUGAAUAAAGACACGAUAUGGGAUGCGCAAUGGGGCGCGCAACUGAAAUUCACUCAGGUGUCGGCAGUUGCUGUGGAUCCGCACGGCAACAUUGCGAUAUUUCAUCGAGGGGAUCGCGUCUGGGGCCCCGAGAGUUUCGACAAUGAAAACAGAUUCGAUCGAAAUAAAGGGCCGAUAGCGCAGAACACAAUAAUCCUUUUGGAUAAAAGCGGCAAGGUGACAGCGGAGUGGGGAAGGAACAUGUUUUACCUGCCACAUGGCUUGACUAUCGAUCAGUCUGGGAAUUAUUGGGUCACUGACGUGGCGAUGCAUCAGGUAUUCAAGUUUGAUGCUCAAGACGUGGAAAGACACGUGGAAGAAUUGAAACGCGCGCAGGCGGGUCAGCCUAACGAUCGUGCUAGCGCAUUACCCGAAAACGGCACGCUGAGGCCGUCUAAAACUUUGGGGGAGGCUUUUGUUCCUGGUAACGACAAUAGGAGAUUUUGUAAACCGACUGACGUUGCUGUACAUAGUAAUGGUGACUUUUUUGUCAGUGAUGGCUAUUGCAAUUCUAGGAUAAUUAAGUAUAAUAAAGAUGGUGAAAUAAUUCUACAUUGGGGACGACACUGGGACGCUAGUCUAGGGUCUGCCUAUUCGCAGCCAUCGCCGUUCACGUUUCUCAUCGCGCACGCUUUGGCGCUCGCGAGUGAAUUGAAUUAUAUUUAUCUCGCCGACAGAGAAAAUGGCAGGGUAUUGUGCUUCUUUGCCAACAACGGUACAUUCCACAAGGAAUACAGCCAUCCUGAUAUUGGUACAAAAAUUUACAGCGUUGCCUACGCUCGAGAGAAAUUAUAUCUAAUCAACGGACCUGAUCCGUUUAUAAGCAAUCCAGCGCCAGUGAGAGGCUUUGUACUUGAUAUUCAUUCCGGGAAAGUAUUAUCGAUGUUUCAGCCCAACAGAACCAUGGAUAAUCCGCAUGACCUGGCCGUGACGGAAGACGGUUCCGAGAUAUACGCAGUAGAAUUAAAUAAUAGAAAAAUUUAUAGAUUUCUACGAGGGGUAAACAAUUCGCAGUCCGCUAAACGCCAUCAACCUAAGAUCUUAGUACAUCCCGAUACUAAAGAUGACGACAUUGAAAAGACCAACGCGACAAAAUUGAUCCUGAGCCUCGGCUCGGCGGCCAUUUCCUUUAUUACAUUAUGCAUUGCAAUUGCCGCCAUUGUAGCGAGAUGCCAAAAACGAGGGUGUCUACUCACGAUGCGCAAGAGGAUGCGUUGGGAGGCCGAGAGGCGAGAGAACUUCAAGCUGACGAGCCUGCUGGAGAGCCGCCGCGGCAGGGGCUUCAGGUUCCUCGAGAAGCGGCCGAAUCCGCGGGAUUUCAGCAAGCUGAGCACGGAGCCGGAGACGUCGGAGGACGAGCAUCCCGAGAACAGCCUCGCGAGGGUCAUCUAAACGCGCCGCGCCAACGAUGUUGCCGGGAACGAAGCGGGAAAAGCCGCGCCGAAUAUGCCCCGCCGGCGAAUGCGACGUGAUCGCGUGAAGUGCGCGCCGGUUCGAGCUCUCCGACGUUCGCGCCGCCGAGCGCCGCCGAGCCGACCCGAACUCGACCGACGGUACGGGCGCGCGAUUACGAAUUCGCGUUGCCGACUACCGAACAUGCAGCUGCUUGACGUUACCUUUUACCCGCGUUCUGACAUCGUAUUCUACACGUGAAGGGCUCGGUAAAACGAGAGCCCCGAAAAGAAGUGCCAUAAUUGUUGAAAAUUAAGUCGAAUACGCAGGCGCAACGAUAUAUUGUCGCGACGUUACGUGCGAGUUAUCUAUCUGCGGAUUAUCUUGAAUUUUAGUUCGACGCGUAUGAUUCUUGAAUUAGAAAUCAAAAAUUUACCACGAGUAUCGUUUGAAUCGCGUCACAUCUCCGAAAGCCAUUUAACAAAAUUUAUUAAUAACUAAUAACGCAACGUUAAAUCGUACGUAAGAUUGAAAAUCGUGUAAAGAUCCGAGGAUCCGCUUACGCAGGACGUUCUUCAGAGAACGAGUAAAAUGGUAAUGUUAAUGGAGCUUGAGUGUAUUUUGUAAGUAAGCUAUGUUCAUAUUCCUGCUCGACCACUGAUCCAAGCUGACUUUGCGAGCGAUGUCAUAAUCUAGUCAGAAAGCUAGUCAUUACCCGAAAUAAUUGCCGUUGGCUAUAUAUAGAUAGACUGCGCGUCCUUUUGGGCGCGCUGAAGACUAUACUGGAGGCUAGAGAUAUUGCGUGAGCGAUGCUUCUCUCUCGCUCUUUGUGAAGAGUGGGGGAGAAAACAAAUACGCAUAUUAGAGAAAGACACACUCACUCAGGCUGGAGACGCUGUAAUCAGAGACUGACCGUAAAGCCUAUCACACGAAGCCAGGCAACAGGAACAGGGA